AAAUAAAAAACGCGUUUUAUUAUGUUAUAUCUGCUAAAUGCGAUUCCAAUAUUGAACCAAACCAGAGCGUUAAAAUGCAAAUUAGUCAAAAAGCCUUAAAUAAAUCCCGAAAUCGCUUCACCUGAGAAGGUAACCAUAGCAACAGUCCAGCGAUUUUUGUUAGGAUCAUCACUGGACGGGACACUGACAAAAUAUAAAAAUACUAAUAUUAUUUCUAAACGAUAAAGAUUUACAUGCCACAAAACAAACAAACAAAAAAAAACUUAAAAAAAAAAAAAAAAAAAACACAAGUGUGAAAGAAACCUUAUUUUUUUUCUAGCGAAAUGUCCUAUUUUAAAAGCGAUUGUAAAAUUGGCGCGCGCUGACGUUGAGUACGCUAUUAUUAAAGAGCAUUCUUCUGCUGUGUCCUGGACACACACACACACACACACACGAUGUAGGAUUGCUUUUCUCUCUGAGCAAAGUGAGUUUAUCAUUUCACUCUCGUCCUCGCGCUGGGUGGGAUUUUGGAGCGCCCGAGGUCUGACAGAUGUAGUGCGCAUGCGCCGAAGGCCCUUUCAGUACCUGCCAGUGCGCUCAUUAUUUCACAUGUUGCAACUCUCGGCUGACAAUCACUCGAUUUAAGUUAUCAGCGGCGGUGGCUUCACCAUGGUGAAGAGGAAAACAAAAAGCGAGCACAGCUGAGGAGGAAGACUUGUUUAUCUCUUCGACUUCAUCUGACACUUUUUUCAGGAUAUACUAACAACAAUGCAUCUGAGAACAUUGCUUUCGUGAAAGUUAAAGCCGCAUUGGACUUGUUUUUCUGCAGAAUGAAGCGCUAAUCCUUGAAGUAAAGCUCUUUGUUACAUAGCGCGAUUUUAGAUAAAGUAAUCUACCCCUGCCAUUGGAUUUUUACCUGACCAGGUGCGAUCAUGUCCAAGCCCAUGGAUCACGUUAAGCGUCCCAUGAACGCGUUCAUGGUGUGGUCCCGAGCGCAGCGGCGGAAAAUGGCCCAAGAGAACCCGAAAAUGCAUAAUUCCGAGAUCAGCAAGCGACUCGGAGCGGAGUGGAAACUUCUGACGGAGUCCGAGAAGAGGCCGUUCAUUGACGAGGCGAAGCGACUGCGGGCGAUGCACAUGAAGGAACACCCUGACUACAAAUACAGACCCAGGCGAAAGCCCAAGACUUUAAUGAAGAAGGACAAAUUCGCCUUCCCGAUGGCGUAUAAUCUGGGAGAGCACGAGGCGCUGAAAGUGGGCGGCUUGCCGAGCGGAGCGCUCUCCGAGUCUCUGAUGAGCAACCCGGACAAGGCAGCGGCGGCGGCGGCGGCAGCGGCGGCCCGGGUGUUCUUCAACCCUUCCAUGUCCGCGAACCCCUAUUCGUUUUUUGACCUUGGCUCAAAAAUGACCGAACUUUCCCCACCAUCGUUCCCCUACGCCUCACCGCUGGGUUACCCGACAGCGGCGACGGCUUUCUCCGGAGCGGGCUCUGUCGGCACCGGGGCACAUGCCCACACGCACUCGCACCCAUCGCCGGGUAACCCGGGCUACAUGAUCCCGUGUAACUGCGCGGCUUGGCCGUCUGCGGGGCUUCAGCCCCCUCUUGCCUACAUUUUACUACCUGGAAUGGGAAAACCACCACUUGAACCGUAUCCCGCGUACGCAGCGGCGUUAUGAGACUCUGGACUAUAGUGAGGAAAAAGUUUUUAAAUGUGAAACAAAUGCAAUGCACGAACCUGAACAUGUGAUCGUCAUAUCAGAUAUCACGUGUGUUUGUAUCAUGAUUAACGCCUUGAUGUAAGGUAACUCUCUGACAUUCUGUUCGGCGUGGAAAUGAAUGAUGGGUCGAGCGAGUCCGGUUUGCCCUUAUCAAUGUGAAUAAAUGUGCGAAAAUAAGGACUAA